AUAAUGACGGCCAUCAAGUACAUCCUGAUCAUGCUGUUUGUGAUGCACUCUUUAGCUUCAGAGGAUGAUCAUGAUGAUCAUGAUGAUCAUGAUGAUCACGAUGAUCACGAUGAUCACGAUGAUCACGAUGAUCACGAUGAUCAUGACGAACACGAUGAUCAUGAGGAAUUUGCUGAGUUUGAUGAUGGUGAUGAUCAUGAUGGCCAUGAUCAUGGGCAAGCCCCAGGAGAUGCACACAAUCACGUAGUGUCUAAGAAAAAGCAAUGUGAACAAGAUGGAGGUAUGUACUGCUUCUCCACUGAGAGUAAAACAGAUGCUGAUAACUGUUAUACUACCGAUAGAGCGACUGACUACUGCAAAUGCACAGAGAGUGGUUUGGAUAAAGGUAAUAAUCCAGAGGCAGAAAUUGCCUGGGAUGCAGAUACAAAAACAUGUACCAGUAAAGUAAGGAAAGAAUGUUUCAAAUAUAAGGAGAGUCUCUACGCUUUUUACAAGGGUGUAUGCUUCGAAAAUACCACCACUAUAGAAGCCAGCACAGAGGAGGAUCCUCUCAGUUGGUUGGUGAGCGCGGGUAAAGCAUCUUGUGAAUAUGUUGAAGAGAGGUGUGCUAAGAUAGAUGACGCUGAGUGGGAUGAUACUGGUGAUAAACCAGAAUGUCACUGUCUGGAGGAGAAUGCAUCUUUCCACGGUAACCACUGUCAUGCCCCGAAGAAAGUCACCAGCAACUCGGCAAAGUGGGGUUACGGUAUCAUCGCAACGGCUUUCAUUAGUGCGUUUUCAGUGAUAGGAGUGCUAAUUGUACUGUUGAGACACCAAUGGUGGUAUUCCUACCUUCUCUCUACUAUGGUAGCUCUUGCUAUGGGCUGUUUACUUUCAGAUGCUACUCUUCAUCUUAUUCCUUUGUCACUAGGACUGCAUUCCCACGACGACGGAGAAGGACACGAGGGGCACGAUCACGGGGAGGAAAAGGAGGAGAUGACAAAUACACAGAGGAGGAACAUCACCAUAGCGAUCACGUGUGGAGUGUACAUGUUCUUAUUGUUCGAGAAGGCUAUUCAUCUGGUUAUACCCCAUCAACACAUCCAUGGAGGAGAAGCCGAAGUGCACGCAAACCCAGGUGCGGAUACUGAGAUGAAGGAAAGCAAGCUGGCGGCAGUGAACGAGGUGGAGGACCUGGAAAUGACCAACACUAAACCACGGUGCAACAAACGGCGGUCAUUUGUUGACCAUUUGCAUGAGGAAGAUGUGAUAACACGAGACGGUGGUAUUUGCUCUGUGGACAGUGUCGCGUGGAUGGUUAUCAUAGGUGACGCGCUACAUAACUUUGCGGAUGGUUUGGUGAUGGGAGCAGCGUUUACCAACUCCCUGGCCACGGGACUCGGGACUAGCAUUGCUGUUUUCUGUCACGAGGUCCCUCACGAACUAGGAGAUUUCGCGGUGUUGUUGAACGCUGGUAUGAAGAUAAGAUACGCUGUCCUCUUUAAUUUCCUGUCCGCUUUGACCUGUUUCUUGGGACUCUUUGUGGGACUUGCUAUAGGUGCUAACGACGAAGCUCAAAAGUGGAUAUUUGCAUUUACAGCCGGAAUGUUUAUCUACAUCGCAUGUGCUGAUUUGAUCCCAGAAAUGAACAGAAACUCGGAGGCUGCGGAUAACCCGACACUGUGCUUCGUUCUCCAACAAAUUGGAGUGUUCUUUGGAUGGUUGGUGAUGUAUCUGAUUGCUGUGUACGAGGGGGCCUUGGAGAAUAUUGGAGGGGGCGGCCACAAUCACUGACAAGUUGACUGGAAAGUGAGAAGGUUACAGUGCCACCUAUGUUACAGUGCCACCUAGGUUAUAGUGUCAUCUAGGUUACAGUGUCACCUAGGUUACAGUGUCACCUAGGUUACAGUGUCACCUAGGUUACAGUGUCACCUAGGUAACAGUGUCACCUAGGUAACAGUGUCAUCUAGGUUACAGUGUCACCUAGGUUACAGUGUCACCUAGGGACUGGUGUCACCUAGGGACUUGUUUAUAGUAUAUUUAUUUUCGCUUUGAACACUAAUAAUAGGUCAAAAGCGUUUAGAUCCGGCCGGUUUCGGAAUAGAAUUAAAUACAUAGUUAGAAUUUAGAUAAUCGAGUCUCUAAUAGUUGUUAUUACUUUAUUAAAACCAUAACUAAUGAAGUAUCCUAAUUGAUGCCUAUAAUGAAAGUGAAUCCCUUAUAUUAUAAUAUAAGAUAGUGAAGAGAAUUUCAUUAUCACCUUGAAGUUUUCUGAGCCAAGCAGACUUCUUUUCGCCGAUUUAAGCGGGAAAAAUUGAAAAUAUUUUGUAUCAUCAACUGCGAUUAAUAUUAUCAGUCGAUGCAAGGUUUUAUUUAUAAAGAUUUGUUAGUUUUAACUUGAUAUUAAGUAGGGGAUUUAUUUGUGAUUUGAAUUAUUCGCAUACAUAUUAAAUAUAGCUUUUAUCACAGUAAAUUUGUAAGUUUAUACUUUGUAGCUUUAGUAAUCAUUAGUUUUUAAGUAUUAACUGAUCGGUUCAACAUUUCGAUUAUUCCGGGCCGGGGCAACGCGGCCUCAUCAACAAUCGCGAAAUUAAUUUAGGAUUAGAUGCAUGACACUUAACGUUUGAGAAUAAAUUAUUCGACUUUAUUUCAUUUCAGUAUUUCUUGUCGUUUUCAAUAUACAGCGUCAGCUUUGUAUUCUUGUUAGCCAACUAAAAUAUCAGGAGAAAUAAAUUCAAUUCUAUAAGCUCGGCAGUUUUAAGUGACGGGAAAAUUCGACUUAAUAAUCAUUAUUCCUUAUGCCAGUUUAGGAUAAUGAAACUUUAGAAACAAAAUAAUUGUGUAAUUGAAGGAAUAUAAUAUGUUUGAUAUUGUAAGAUGUAUUAUACAUUUUCUCUCACGG